UCGUGUUCCAUAUGUUUCUUACAUUUCACGGAUUGCCGAUUGGUUACUUUGGAGUUGGAUAAAUAUUCAUUCAAUCAAAUCGAGUGUUUAUGUAAUUGCUAAACCCACAAUGGAAACGGUGAAAUCUUUUUUAAAGAAAUGCGGUUUGGAACACUUCUAUGAAUCUUUUAUGGGGAUUAGAGAAUUUGUUAAUGCAACAUACAGAUGGUCAGUUGGCAUUAAAAAAUAGGAAAAAACUGAGCAAUGAUUGUAGGCAGAAAAUAUGCAAACUCAUCGUUAGCUAUUUAUUAUCAAAUAGGACUGAUAUAAAGGCAGACACUUUCACAAGAGCUGCUGAAGAAAUAGUGGAGCUGUUCCCUACUGAAAAAAAAGAGACUUAUUUUAUUCCAUAUUCAUCUGGGAAGGAAGGUUUACGGAAGCAAUCGGCCAGAGGAAAACUGUGGUCUCGGUAUAUCUAUGUUAAAGCUAGUUUCCGAGUGGCAAAUACUAGUAAAGCUGUUGAUGAUCACAAUAUUAAUGUGGAGGAUAACAAACUCCCAGAAACAGAUGAGAAAUUAGAGUUUUUAAAAGUAUCGAUAGAACCAUAUACUAAAGUCCUUCAAUACUGGGAAUCGACGUUCCACACACGAACUAGAAUCUAUGCCAAUAAAACUCUACAAGAAAUAUUUGAUGAUUUUCCAGCAUUAAGUUUGCAGACUGGACUUGAUUUGUUGGAGUCUGAUUUUAAUCAAGCAAAUGAAGACAAAAUAGAUAUUAUAUAUCAGGAAUGGCCCAAAGUUGCACGGGCUAUUUUAAAGGAGGCACUUGAUAGAAAAAUUAAACUGGUCAACUUAGAUGAUUUCGAUAAUAACACUAAAGCUUUGCUAGUACUUCCUCUUCUGUUUUCUGUGGUUACAUUAAGGAAAGGUACCAAACAAAAUACAAAUUGUUGGAGGCCAACUAGGUCAGAAACACAAGAGAGCUUUUUUAUUAAUGUGAACGCAUUUAGUGAUAUAGAUCAACUAAUUGAAACUAGAGAAAAAAAAUUACUGGCAUAUGGAUUUCCAAUGCAACCAUUUGGAGCGGUAGUUGGAAUAGAAGAAAAACAAUUCUGUAUUGUCCUGUAUGGUAAAAAAUUUGUUGUCAAUUCAUCUAUAAGAGUCCUAGAAUUAUUAUACAAAGUUAUACACGCACUAAAUCUAGAGUAUCCCAUAGAAUGCAAACACAUCUGGUUAUUCAUCCAAGAAAUUGUGUUUAAAACUGUCACUAUUAGUAAGCACAGUAGUACUGCUUGUGUUAUUGCCGACAUAUCGAAUCAAAUAGAACAAGAAGCAAAACAAUAA